AUGUCAAUGGACCAGCCGAGUAUGGCAGUCGACAUUCAACCAGAUCCCCCAUUCUACGCAUUGACGGAAGACGAUCAAGCUGCGCUAGUCGUUGUUGCCUCGCUCAUCUUCCUCGUUUACGCCAUCGUCGGAAUAUCUUUGAAGCUUAUCAUUCGUCUCAACAUCACCUCUUUGAAGAGCCACGAUGUAAUACUAUUAGUCGCGACCGGAUUACUUCUCUCACAGACAGUCUGCAUCAUCAUUGCUUGCAACCACGGACUAGGCCAUCAUCAAGAUAUAGUAGAGCCUCAUGAUCUCGAGGCAUUUCACAAGUUCUUCUACGCUUCCUCCAUACUCGCGAUUGCGAUUGUCGCUAGCACGAAGAUUUCGCUAUGCCUCCUCAUUCACUCCAUCAAUAAUCACGGACGACUGAAUCUUGCAAACAAAGUACUCUUCGGUGCCAUCGUUGCUUGGGGCAUCUCUGGAAUAACGAUGACGGCCUUUCAAUGCUCCCUACCGCAGCCGUGGCUUGCCACUGCUAGUAAGAAGUGCCCAGGCCGAGAGGGUAUUUUCCUCUACAACGGCGUGAUGGACAUCUUUACGGAUGUUUGUCUAUGUCUGCUUCCCGUCGCUAUGAUGUGGAAAGUGCAGACUGCGUUGAAGAGAAAGGCAAUGGUUGUUGCCCUUUUCACCACGCGCAUCAUCAUUCCUAUAAUCACGAUUCCGAGACUGAUUCACACACAUAUCAUGGUAACAGACUACACUGACACGACAUGGAACGCUGUACAUCACAUCAUAUGGUUACAAGUCUCACUAGGCAUGUCAAUCCUCACAGCAUGCAUCCCAAGUCUGAAGGGAGUCAUCGACAGCCUCCUCGGGUCCACCUCCGUGGCCGCCAUUCAGGCACCUUACCAUUUGUCCUCGUCAGGCAAAGACGGCGGUAGGCUUCAACCAACGACUUGGCCGAUCGGCAGCGGGUCCAACACGAGACCGGGGUCUCAUCUGGCGAGCGGCGCAGGAGAUUCGAGGAUCGCGAGGGCUGGUUUGGCUAGAGUACCCGAGUGGUCGAUCGGAUGCAAGGUUCACGGUUAUGCAGAGAACGUAGCUUCCGGUCGCAGCGAGAGUGUGAGGAAAUUGACUGAAGAUGGAGAAUUUGGGGCGUCUUCUGAUGAGAGGCGGAGAUCGAGCUCACAAGAGGGGUCCAUGAAGUCUGCUGAGGCUGACUUGCGAUUGUAA